AGGGGUUAAGGCGGGCGUGCCGGCUGAGAGGCAGCCGAGCCAUGCCGCCGCCCUCCGGGCGUGCCCGGCCCUCCCGCGCCGCGGCGGCAGCCCCGAGCCCUCAGUAGCGCGGCCGCCAGCGGGACCCCUGCCCGGAGCCCUGCCCGCCCGCCGCCAUGCCGGGCAGCGACACGGCGCUGGCCGUGGACAGGACCUACUCGGACCCCGAGCGGCACCGGCGCCGCAAGACGCGGGUGGAAAGACAUGACAUGAAUACUCUCAGUUUGCCACUUAACAUUCGCCGCGGAGGCUCUGACACCAACCUCAACUUUGACGUACCAGAUGGGGUCCUGGAGUUUCACAAAGUCAAACUCAGUGCAGAUAGCUUGAAACAGAAAAUCCUCAAGGUUACAGAACAAAUCAAAGUUGAACAAACAGCUCGAGAUGGAAAUGUGGCUGAGUAUUUGAAACUGGUAAACAGCGCAGACAAGCAACAGGCUGGGCGCAUCAAACAGGUCUUUGAGAAAAAGAACCAGAAAUCCGCCCACUCCAUUGCUCAGCUGCAGAAGAAAUUAGAACAGUAUCACAAAAAAUUGAAGGAUAUUGAACAAAAUGGAUCUUCUAAAAGCACUAAGGACACUUCCAAAGAUAGCCUGAAGGAUAUUCAGCAUGGAAAGGCUCGUACCUCCGGGCAUGGACCAGAGAGCAGCAAGUCGGGUGUGCCGGGUGUCUCCUUGACACCACCUGUCUUUGUUUUCAGCAAGUCAAGAGAGUUUGCAAAUCUGAUCCGAAACAAAUUUGGUAGUGCAGACAACAUUGCUCAUCUCAAAAACACCCUGGAUGAAUUUCGGCCAGAAUCAAGUUCUAGAACCUAUGGGGGCAGUGCCACCAUUGUUGCCAAACCCAAAUAUGUUAGCGAUGAUGAAUGCUCGAGUGGGACCUCUGGCUCAGCAGACAGCAAUGGGAACACUUCAUUUGGUCCUGCUGUGGCAGGCUCCCUGGACAGCCAAGGAAAGCUCUCCAUGAUUUUGGAGGAGCUAAGGGAAAUCAAGGAAACGCAGUCCCAGUUAGCUGAUGAUAUCGAGAAUUUAAAAACACAAUUUAAAAGAGACUAUGGCUUUAUUUCUCAAAUGUUGCAGGAGGAAAGAUAUAGAUAUGAAAGAUUGGAAGACCAGUUAAAUGACCUCACUGAUCUUCAUCAACAUGAGACAGCAAACUUGAAACAAGAGCUAGCCAGCAUAGAGGAAAAAGUGGCGUAUCAGGCAUACGAGCGCUCACGAGAUGUUCAGGAAGCCUUGGAAUCGUGCCAGACCCGUGUUUCGAAGCUGGAGCUCCAUCAGCAAGAACAGCAGGCACAGCAAUCCGAAACAGUUAAUGCCAAAGUGCUCCUGGGGAAAUGUAUAAAUGUUAUCUUGGCCUUCAUGACUGUCAUCUUAGUGUGUGUUUCUACUAUUGCAAAGUUCAUUGCUCCUAUGAUGAAGAGCCGUUUUCAUAUCAUCUGCACUUUUUUCGCUGUGACACUGCUGGCAAUAUUUUGUAAAAACUGGGAUCAUAUCAUUUGCGCCAUAGAAAGGAUGAUUAUACCAAGAUGAAGCUGCUGGUCUGGCUGUUCUGUUUUUGUUUUCCUUUCCUCCCUGUUUUCAAGUGCUGUGUAUAUACAAGUUUUUGUCAGUUUAAAUGUGUAGACCGAAUGAAGAAGGCUACAAAGACUCUUGGACUUUAAGGGGGUGUAAAUACAUAAAUGCAUACUAGUUGGCAGUCAGUAGACUGACUGUUCAGUUGGAUUGUGUCUAAUUGGGUAUGUAUGAUGAACUGCUUGCUUAUGUCAGUUUUCUGCCUUAAUCCCACUGUUUUUCCACUUUACAAACCAACACCCACAAAAGAUGUUAGGAUGCUUUGAGAGGGAGCCAAGAAACUCUGAGUGUAAGGUGUGCUUUUUACUGGACUGGAGUGCAAAGAGUGUGAUAAGGAGGGAGAACAUCAUGCUGUGUAUCACCUAUGUUAGGCAAAUUAUCUGAGUCCAGCUAGGAUGAUAAGCUGAAUUAUACAGUCAGAUGUAUUAGUACUUUCAGAUUCUAAAUUAAUGGGUAACUGUAUAUGGGGUUUCCAGUUUUAAGGACCAGCAAAACUUGAUGCUUCUGCUAGUAACCCUUUGCAAGAAGAGUUUACUGUUCAAAAAUUAGACCACUGAUGACUAGUGACCACAGUUAGCAAUUGUUCUAUCCUGGCACUGUUCCUUAUCACACUCAAGUAAAACACAAGUGCGGCACAAAGCUUCCAGAGAUGAAGAACUGAAUUAAAUGACAAGAUCUCCAGGCCUCUUCAUAAGGGAGCAAAGGAGCAAGUAGCUGGUGGGUGUGUUGUCACGCAGACCAAAGUGCUUGCUUGCUUCAAGCACUGCAACCUGCAAAGAGAAAGGAGGUAAACAGAAAGGCAACGCUCAGGUUAACUUUGUUAGCACUGAAUUGUUGGGAUUCUCUAAGUGAAUGGGAAGCAGAUAGGUGGUGGGACUCUGGGUAUGGUGGAAUUUUUUCGUAUGUCAGAUUAAAGCAUGCAUAAGAAGUAUGAGGGAACAUGUCCUUAGGGGAGCAGGGAGUUAAACUUCUGUAAAUACACAAACACUGUGCAGACUCUCUUGACAAACAUUCCUGAAAUAAUGUAUUAGCAUACACUACCACUACUAGGAGAUGGGUGGUUUUGUUUUCCUACUAGAACUUAUUUUAAGAACUGCAGGAAAAAAUCCCUGAAGUCCUCUGCUUGGCUCUCAGUCAUGAUGUGAAACAAUCUUUAAUAAAAAGGAAAAAAAAAUCAGAGUUCUCCUCCACUCUGUAUUAAAUGGAAAAAAAAAA